UUCAAGAAAGAUUGUUGUGAGUCAGACGAUUUGUCGGCUUUACACAAAAUUUAAUAUUUUUAUGCUGUUAAAUAAAUAAUGUAAAAUGGCUAUUAACUUAGAUAAACACAAGCCUGCGCUUGUUGCAGCGUGGAAUGAUGUAUUGGACGAGAAAAGUGAGACUGACUGGGCAUUAUUUGGUUAUGACGGACUGACAAAUGAUCUCAAAUUUAUCAGCAAGGGAGAUGGCGGACUAACGGAGCUUGUCGAUGAGUUCAACAGUGGAAAGAUACAAUACGCCUUCCUAAAAGUUGAUAUUCCAAAUAGUAGUAUAUCUAAAUAUGUCCUUAUCAACUGGCAGGGCGAAGGCGCUCCCACAGUCCGUAAAGGUACAUGUGCGAACCACGUCAAGCAAGUGGCCCAAUUCUUUCACGGUUUCCACACAACCAUGCACGCAAGAACCGAGGAUGAUUUGGACGAGAAAAUCAUUUUGGAUCAGUUGGCAAAGGCUGGAUCAGCGUUUAACUUCAAGUCCAAUAGGAAUGAGGACCUGCCGCCCAGUGGACCAGUGGGAACUGCUUAUCAGAAGGUUAAUCCAGUUCAAGAAAUAAACUCAAAAGAAAGGGACCAAUUUUGGUUGAAAGAAGAACAAGAAGAGAAGAAGCGAAUCGAAGCGGAGAGAAAGAGGAGAGAAGAGGAAAAGAGGAAAGCGGAAGAAGAAGUUAGGAAACGAGACGAGAGGGAAGCCGCGAAACGGGACCAAGCGGAACAACUUGUGAAUUCCAGCACUCGACCAGAGAGGACGGGGGCGAAGGCCCACGAGCGGUCAGCGGAGGCUCGUGAACUGAUCGGAGCCUCCACAGCCGCCGCGAGAGCCCUGUUCCAGAGGAACUUGGCGCAAGGGCAGAUUCAAAACAGAUCAUCAUCUAACACACCAGAAAAGCCAAUCAGAAGCUCCGUAAUAGCGCAGCGUAUAAACGCCUUCUCCCAGAACACGUCACAGCCCUCAUCACCGGUGCACGUGAAAUCACCAACCAUAGACAAAAUAGCACCCGCCAUAGACACAGCACCAACCAUAAACACAGAACCAACCAUAGACACGCUGCCACCGCCCACAGGCAAACUUCCAACCAUAGACAACGAUGAAAACGCAAAAACACUGCAAGAAGACGCAGAACAACCAAAGACAAGCCCGCUCAAGAACAUAGACAAGAUCAAAAUGAGCUUAGAGACUCCGUCACAGAUACAAUACGAACCAAUAAUAGAUCCGUCUGUAGACCUAAGUCCCAGUACUGAAAACGAACCAAGUUCUUUCAGCGCUAUUAAUUACACGGAAUAUCAAGACUAUAGGGACUUGAAGCAAUGUGAGCCGAUGAUUAAACAGAAUAUUCUGGAAAAUGAUAUCUUCGACACGUCUUACUCGAGUUCGAAUGAAAAUGAUGAUGAUGACUCUGAUAAUAAGUUUAGUACGAUAAAACGGUCGCCGUACAGUAAGAAUAAUGACGCGGAACUCAGUAGACAGAACACGGUCAUAGAGAAUGUUAAUUAUAAAAAGGAGAACGGAAAUACACAUGAAGACGUAUCUCCCGAGACACUGGAAGAGAGUUCUAUUUACGAGGACUUAGAUGAUGAUCCGGGACUGACUGCAAGAGCUUUGUAUGACUAUCAAGCAGCGGAUGAAUCAGAGAUAACAUUCGAUCCGGGCGACAUAAUCACGCACAUCGAACAAAUAGACGCGGGCUGGUGGCAAGGGCUCGGGCCGCAUGGCGUCUUCGGCCUGUUUCCCGCCAACUACGUCGAGCUGUUGCCGUGCAGUCCGCGCUAAAUAAAAAAAAUGCGUGCGUGUACUAGUGUACACACGUAAGAAGUGAAACUUCUUUAUGACCUUAUUUUUCAAAAAAUAAUUUACUAUAUUC